UUGCAAUAGAAUUUGAUGAAGUGUAUAGAUUUAACAAAUAUGAUGGUGGUUUUAACAAAGGUAGUAAAUUAACUUUAUCACUGGCACAGCAUACAGCAAAAGAUGGAAAUGUUAGGCUGCUACUUUCAUCUUUUUCAUUUAUCCAAAAUUUGGCAUUACAAUGGGUGCAAAUCUAA